AUGUCCGUGUCGAGGGACGUCUGUGAGCCGGCUCCGCCUCGGACGGGCGUUAGUGAAAGCUCGCUUUGGGACUGCGCACUUUACCUUUACAAGCGCGAGAAUGUUCUUCUUGUGCUCACUGCCAACGACCGACGGCCCGGCGCACUUGGUCUUGAGCGUCGACAACGUUCGCAGGGCGCCGGGGCGCCAGCUGCGGACACUGGUGGUCACGCCGAGUCCUCUACAGCCUCCGUCUGGGUGUUUUGGGCACCCUAUGAACCCAGCACAAAGCAUAGAGAGCUUUGUCAAACGGACACUGCUCGCGUGAGCCCGGAGGACAAGGCGACGUUCAGCCGCCGCCAUGGAGCGUCGCAGCCACUCGACAGAGGCGACCCGCAUGCGUUCAGUGUAUGCGUCGGGGACUUGCUCGCGCUGCGACGGCACCUACCCGCAAUUGGCAGCCCUAGAGUAUGCUUUACCAAGAAAGGCGGCGAAAUGUUGCCCGAACUAGCUUUCCAAGAGGGAGGACUUCGCGACUUUCUCAGCGCACUUCGGAGGCAUAUUGAACUCGAGCCGGACUCCACGGAUCCGGACCUAUUCUAUGUACGGGCUGCAAUCGCCGAUGACUGUCCACGCUCGAGGAAAGCAUCGAAUGUGCAGAUUUCCAACAAAGGGUUUCGGGUGCAGCCCCGUACCAAUCGACGGUUUUCGGCAUCACCGGCUGCGAUCGCGAUGCUCGUCCAGGAGCAGCCUUCACACAUCCAGAGCGGCCCGGUGGUCAUCCCGCAGGCGCCAUCAGCGAACCCACGACUUUGCGAGCAGCAGCACCGGCAUGCCUCGGAGGCCUCGAGCCCCUCCGCAGUCUCCGGCAGUUCCAGAGAAGACUCCAUAUUCGGUACCACACUGGCUGCCGAAGAAGAGCUCACGUUUCAUUUGCUGGAGCGAUUCGCGCAGAUCACACGCCUCGCACGAACAGCGACCAGCUCGCUCAGCGCAGCGUACCGUCAACGAAGGACACGCGGUCGGCGCACGGCAUCGUCUACGGUCACCGACGACGCCAACCCUAACGCCGCUUCGAAAGAUAAUGAAUACCCAGCGGUCAGCGAGGACGCGACCUCGGAUGAGCCGCUCGCCUCCGUCACCGUUCAGUAUGAAAAUGGGGAAAUCAUACCCCCGCUGCGAACCCUGGAUCGGGACUUUGCCCGGUAUCGACCGCUGCGGGCGGCAGCGGGUGUGUCUCGGGAGGCGUUCCAGCGCGGACGUCGCCUCGAUCCGCUUGCGAUGCGACGUGCGAUUUUCGCUGGCGGCCUCGAGGAGGAUGCACGUGCCGAUGCAUGGCCUUAUCUUUUGGGUGUUUUCGACUGGACAAUAUCACCAGAGGAAGAGCAGGAGCAGAGGUCUCGUCUCGAGAAAGAGUACGUGGUACUUCGCGAGCAGUGGCGCAGUAUCAGCGAGAAGCAGGAGCGACGUUUCACGAAAUACCGGGAUCGUCGUGCCCAAAUCGAAAAAGAUGUUGUGCGCACAGAUCGUAACGUUGAUCUCUUCCGCAACGACGACAGCGUAGCCCUAUCCCAGCUCUUCAACAUUUUGCUCACGCAUGCGUUUUUUAACUUUGAUUUGGGCUACUGUCAGGGGAUGAGCGACCUCGCCGCUCCCAUUGUAUAUGUGCUUGGCGCGAAGGAUGAGGCCUUAGCGUUCUGGUGCUUUGCAGCGCUGAUGGAUGUGCUCGAACGCAAUUUCCGCAAAGAUCAAUCGGGCAUGAAUGAGGAGCUCGCACGUUUGGCGAUCAUCACGAAACACAUUGAUGGUGGACUGUACGAGUAUUUGAAACAACAGCAAGCAGACAAUUUCUAUUUUUGUUAUCGCUGGCUUCUCGUUCGUUUUAAGCGCGAGUUCCCCUUUGAACAAGUGUUGUAUCUCUGGGAUGUCAUGUGGGCUGCGCCUGGUUCUGUUGGUGGCGGUCUGUUCCACCUCUAUGUUGCUGCGGCGCUUUUGGAGCUCCACCGCGACGUCAUCCUCCAGUACCGAUUAUCUGCUGACGAGCUUUUUUCGUAUGCGAGCCGCAUGGCCAUGCGGAAUGAUGCAGAGCUAGUCAUCGCCAAGGCGGAAACUCUUUUCAAAGAGUUCGGGCUACCAGCGGAGAUUGAACUCCAGCUUACCCAGAAGCGCCUGAUUUAG